CUGUGACUGCUUCUGAAAGUAAGCGCUUAAGGAUAAGAGGCUGACCAACUUGUGGCAUUUUUACCUGCCGAAUCAUCUAAAAACAUGAGCAAACUACUGUGGAGCUGUGCAGCAUUAUUCACUCUCUUUGUUACAGUUGAGGCGCUCUCCUGUUACAGCUGUAAUGUGAAAAUCCUGGGGUACUGUUUGAUCGAGAAAGCUGUAAAUUGCACCGAAGCUCAGGACAGAUGCUUCGUUGCAGUUGCCAAAUUUAGUUCCGACCUGUUGGAUAUCCAUGAGCGUGGCUGCACAGAACGUUCAAAAUGCAUCAACAGUAGUGGGUCCAUCCUGAACGUGAAAUACACCAUCACGGAGACCUGCUGCAGCAACAACCUGUGCAACGCAGCGGCCGCCCCCCCGCUGACCCUCACUGCCGCUCUGGCUGCUGCUCUGGUGGCAGUGUGGAGUCAGUGGGGCCUUUAAAGACCACUGUAGCAGGAAGAAAACAUGUUGCUGCACAUAUAGAUGUUUUAGUCCUUUCAUUUAUUCUUAGUGCUUUAAUGAUGUGUCCCGAUGAUAUAUGAUGGAGGGAUAGUAGCUGCAUAUUUCUUCACAUGGUAGGACUGAAUAGGCUUUUUCCUUCAUUUACAUAUAUACUUAAUUUGAUUUAAAAAUAAUCGGACAUGCAUGAGACCUUUGUAUUGGCUGGAUUGUGUUUGAUUUAUUUAGUGCUUAAAGCAACCUUAUCUCACCACUGGUGGUUGCAACAAUAAAGUUUUUUUUAUUUCUGUUUAUCUGUGUUUAUUUGGAGCAAAGCCUCCCAAAUUACUCAUAUAAUACUAGCACACUUUCUAUGAGACAAGGUAGUAAAAGCAGAUGUUAAACAAACAAAGAGGUAUCAUUCUACCUUUUUGCUUUUUUUAUUGAAAAAGAGAUACAAGACUUACAAUGUUACAACUGAAGCAAACUUUUUCCUCCAUUCUUUUCCUAAAAAGUAUUGCUCCAACAUCUCCCACCUAUCCCAUCCAACACCUACAUUUAAAGUUCAUUCGGAAAUGCAAGUUUUUCACACAAUUGACUACCUGCAAGAAAGUAAACUUUAAGACUUCAAACAGAGAUAAUUUUUGAAGAAUGUCCUCCCUUUCUUUGAUGUAAGUUAAUGCUGUUUCGAAAUGUUGAAUUAUUCUUCAGAAGACCAAGCAUGGCAGCGUAAGAUAAAACCAACUUUUCAAUUAACUUUUCAUCAUGCUCAUGGUCUGAAAUUUCAGUCAAAAGUCAAAUUUGUAUUCUCAAUCUAUAUUUCAACCUCAAUUUUAUUGUACAAUUGAAAGUUAAGAUUUGAAUUGAGAUAAUUUUGUUUUACUUUUCCUUGAAUGAACAAUGCAUCUUCUAUCACCAUAUUAUGCCAUCCUUCUUUAGCUCCAUGAAGGGAGUGUCCCCUCGUUGAUUUUACAAAAGAUCCUAAUAUUUGUUGAAUAAUUUUAGACUGAAGCUUUGUUGUCUGAAGCUUUAGAAAAUGCAUGUGUUGUUGCUCAGAAGUUCACAACUGAUCAAACAUACGUGUAAAUAAAAUGUGUACACACACAGAGGCAUAAUUUACUUUUUGAGUUAUAUCUUUUAUAUAUCCUAGAUCUUUAUUUGUAGCAGCUCGUAUCCACAGCUCAGACUGAUCUCAUAUGUUUUUAAGAGAUAUUCUGAUAUGUUGAAUAUGUUGAA